CGCAGCGGCUCAUAGAUAAUUGCCACUUCCAUCAUAAUGCGUCUCUCAUCCUGUCAAGGCUAGUCAUGGAGUGGGACCGGUACUGUACAAGCACCAGCUCCGCGAUAAUACCAGUGCGGUGCAAUAUUGUACGGUGGUGUUCUGAUACCGGUAUGGAGUUCACAGUUAUGCCGGGAAACGAAGCUACCCGAGUGAACGAGGAGCAAACACAAAAGCACCUUUGCCUUCCCGUCUACUUAUUAUACUCUACGUACUCAACCGAGCAGAGACACCAUACAUGUGCGGUGGUGCGGGCACCUUCAUAGUCUAACAUCGAUUUUUUCUUGAGAUCGGAGCAGGUUUAAAUCUAGCCGCUGGUUUCCUUUGACUUAUUUGACCUAGGCUAGCGAAAUGGAAGGGGAAACUGAUUGGUAGCCCUACGGCGGGGUUUUUGUUUCAUUUUUUCUUUCAUGGAUAAGUCGUCUUACCUGCAUGCAUCUUUGACUCCGCCAUUUGAGAUCAUGGCAUGUGAGUUUUUUAAUUGCUAUGGGGUCAUUGAUCCUUCGCAUGGUGGGGCUCAGCUCGGUGUUCCCCUUUCUCUUAAACGGUUUAUAAAGUAUAUCGAUCGUUUUACUUUUGAACGUCACUGGGAACGAGCGGGUGGAAGUUUGCUUUUUGUUUAGUAUUCUGCUGCGCAGUAUCUACAACUACUACUGCUACAACUGCUACUACUGCUACUACUGCUACAACAAUAGCAGCAACAGCAGCAACAGCAGCAACAACACAACUACUACCGCGAUAGCUACUGUGCUAAGGUGCAGUUACAACUUCACCAAGUGAUAAUUUAUUUGUUGCAGAAUGGGGGUCAUUACGCGACUUGUCGAACCCACGAACAUCCCUGGUCACGCGGUACGGACGCCCAUAGAUAACUUCUAUCUUCUUUUCGCACCAGCAGACUUUACCCAUCCCGCUGCGCUCGACCCGGAGUAUAUUCCGGAUACGAGGGGUUCACUAUUGAAAGGGUUCGUUCUCGCCUCAUUGGCAAUUGCGACCGUCGCAGUUGGACUGAGGAUUUAUUCCCGAUUGCGGAUACUGAAGAAGCUAGGAUGGGAUGAUUGGGCAAUUAUUCCAGCUCUGAUAACAUAUAUGGCAUAUACUGGGUUGAUCAUAUGGGGGACUGAAAGCGCUGGUUUAGCGGAGCAUCUAUAUGAUCUUACUGCCAGGCAGAUUCUCAAUUGGUUCAAAGUCCAAUACCUCAUCGUAGUGGUCGCACCAAUAACCUUCCUACUAAUUCGCUUCUCGAUUCUCCUCUUCCUACAUAGGCUCGCCGGAAAUGGCGAGCCCGGCACCCAAAUUGCUAUCAAAAUCCUGCACGUGCUUAAUUUCCUCUGGUACCCUGCCAGCGUCCUGCCCCCCGUACUGAUGUGCGCCCCGAGGGAAAUGCGGAUGUGGGACCUCAUGGCGAUCAUUAGAGCACAGUGCCUCCAGCCAAAAGUUGCCGACACCAUGCAGAUCAAUUCUACAACUAUGGUUGUGCUCAGCGCUACAUUUGAUAUAGCGUGCUUGCUGGUACCCGUGCGCCUAGUAUGGAAGUUGAGGAUGUCGGCGAGGAAGAAGGCGGUGGUUUCUAGCCUAUUUGGGGUAGGGAUAUUGGCUUGUGUGUGUGGAAUUCUGAGAGCGUAUUUCAUGGCAAGGUUGCUAGAGAAGAAUGGGACAAGUUUCGAUUCUACUUGGAAUAUGGUGAACCCUCUGAUUUGCGCGCAAAUGGAAGCCUGCCUCGGUAUCAUCACUGCCUGCGGACCCUCUCUGAAGAUGCUUUAUAAACAAAUCCACGGCACUCUAGAAUCAUCAAUUGGCAAGCGGUCAACCACCGGGGAGUUUAGUAUAAUCGGAGCCAAAAGAUGGUCGAAUAGAUCAGAGCAGAGGACAGAGUUUAGUGAGAGAGUUAUGAGCAGCCUGCCGCCAUGAAAUUUCGAUCUCGAGCAUUCUUUACGCCUUUUUCUCACGCCCCAAACGGAGAACCACGCCGGCAGAACCUGAUACCCCGGCCGCAACGGAAGAAAGAGCCAACGAAAAUACACGAUUGGCAGGAAUUUUUCAACCGUCUCUGUUAGUCUAUUCUCAUAGACAACUAGGGGGAUUUCAAUUACUGGAAUUUUCCACAAGUCUCCCGUCCUUAGCAGAUUUUCACAGAAGGAGACAUCCCAGCCUCCAUGGCUCUCCAAACACGGGGUUUUCCUAUCUCAAUUUCAUACCUAUGACCUCGGACCACGGCGCUAUGGCGUUGAAUAACUUGGGCGGUAUAUGGGGAGUGAAUAAAUAAGAAUCAAAAA